AUGGGAGCCAUUGUGGAGAGCUUAGGUCUGAGUCCAACUUAUUUGAGGAACAAGCUUGAGCAAGGAGUGCAUAUAAUAAUAGCCAACAAAUACCCACAAUCUUCCCCAUCAAGCAAUAUGUUCGGACUUUCAUCACAUACAGACCACAGUUUCAUCACCAUUCUUCUUGAAAACAUGUCAGGCCUUGAGAUCAUGGAUUUCACAAAUGACAAUGCUUGGUGUGAUAAUGUGAAGAGUGUUUUCCACACGGUGACCCCAAGCCCUCUAAUGAGUAGGGUUUCUGUAGGCAGCUUUCUUAGCCUAGCCAUGAAAGAUAUGGCGGAGCCUGCCACAGAGCUUGUUGAUGAAGACCAUCCAAAAAGAUAUAGGGCAAGUAGCUUGGAUGAAUAUAUGAAGUUUCUCUCCUUCAAAGAUGAAAAAUCCUACAUAGAGAGCCUCAAGAUCUGA